GUGUGGUUGAAAGGGGUUGUAGGUAGAUUUUCGGGAGUGGUGGUUGGUUUUAGAGGUUGUGGGUGGUUUUCAAUUGUUGUGGUGGGGGUUGUGGAUGGAUUUUCGAGAGUGGUGGUGGUUUUCAAGGGUCGUGGCUAGGAUGAGGGGCAGCGCCGGCGCAGGGGAAGGGGAGUUUGGGCGCCGACGGCAGGGUGGAAGGCAAGCUGGGGGCGGUGUGGGGGGUGGGGAGGAUGGCUGACUGGCUGGGCUUAGGGUGGUGGGAUAUUUUUUUUUAUUAGUUUUUUUAAAUAUUUUUUUAAUUAAUUAAUUUAAAUAAGAAUCACUCAAAUGCUGGCACAUGUCAUAGUUAACGUUAAUAACUAACAGAACAAAUAGAAAAUGGCAUGCUGUGACACUUAUGUUAAACUUAGUGGUACAUGGUGUAUUAGAAAAUUUUUGGUGAUAUAUAGUGAAUUAAGUUAAAACUUAAUGGUAUAUGGUGAAAAAUCCGUUGUUUCUUCGUUUAAAAUUUGACUAAAAUAGAGUUCUAAAUUUUAAGCUUGGCGCUAAAUCACAGAAAUCUUUCAAAACCCCUCCAAAAAAUUUGAAAAAAAAAAAAAAAAAAAUCUACAAUUUCUUUCAUUAUAGUACCAUUUAACAAUUAGUAUGAAUAAAUUCUCAGCAAAAUUUGCAUUGAAUCAAUAAGAUACAUCUACAAAUGAUAUCAAAAAGUUCUACUCCAAUUAGAGCACCUGGGCAACGUUCAAUUCUUUCCACCUUCAGUCAUCGAUCUGCUCAACCACGCUCUACCAAUCAUUCAGAUGGGUCAGGUGUACUUUCAAACAAGAACAAACGUGGUUCCAAUCUCUCUUUUACUGAUUUCCUGAAUCGCAAGUUACAUACUACUUCUGUGCUUCCUUUUGAUAAGAAGGAGAGUGUUCCUUUGGCAGCGAACCGAAAUCCCAGAAGCGAAUCCAUUUUAAGAGAUUGUGGGGGACCUCGUGAUGAAAAGGGGCAUGUGAUUGAAGAUUCUAUGUUUAAGCUGUUCAAUGAUUCAGGAGGGAAAGUCAGAAAGAGGUCCUCUGAAUGCAUAACUGCAGACCCAUCACGAUCGGAUGGUGUUUCAAAGCAUCAUAGUCAAAAUCAUUUGUUAGUCCUAGGAGAUGACCCAAAGCCCAAGAGAAGAGCCCUUGGAAGAAAUACAUGUAGCAAUAAGAAACAAAGGCCUCUUUAUAACCAUUAUGAAAAUGGAACUGGUUUCUGGGAACCUGAGAGAGAAGGUAUCGACAGUGCUGAAGUUGGGAGCACGGAAAUGUGGGAAGGCAUGGGUUCAACAACCACACUAGGAGGACUAGAUGAAUUAAGCACUUUUGACCACCUUUAACUAUUAACCACUGCUUCUGAACUACCUUGGUAUGAUUAAGCAAUCUGACUUGUCUGUAAAUGAGAACUCAUGCCAAAUUCUACUUAAUGUUGAAUCUCUAAGCAAGUUUGUACUAUAUGUGUAGAUACUAAUAUCCUAAUAUUUGUGAUCCUUGUUUUUGGGCGUGCUAAUACUAAUGUUGAUGAAACA